AUGGAUGUUCGCGAGAAGCGACCUAUCCCAAGGAUCCUGUUAGCACCCCGAGCGUCUUCAAACCCUUCCACGUCUUUGUCCAAGGAAGAACAGUCUCCCAUGGCAACGGCCUACACCAGUUUCAGAGAAUGGGCGUGCAAAAGCCUAGACUCUGGCGUGCCGAGAGAGCUCAUCUUUGGCUCCGAGACAGUCGAAGUCGACCUCUUCUUCCGUUCCCGGGAGACUACCGACCCUCACACUGUCUCGACCUGGGCGAGCGAGUAUUUCCGUGCCUUGACAAACAUUGACAUCUUUGGCUGUCUGGCUGGCAUAUUCAACUUUGACCGUUUCAUGCGUUGGAUUAUAGCACCAUCGGCAGAGACGUACGCAAGAAUCCCUCCUGGCCAGCGCCCGACACCUUGUCAGAGACUAGUACCGCAUCAUCCAGCAUCGGGCUUGCCUGUUCUGCCUGAGUUACGUGACGGCUUGAUUUACGAUUUACGGGACUACAUCCUCGCAAGCCAAUCGUACGGUACAACCAUCAACUGGAACAUGGGCCUACAGGAGGCUGUCGACAUGGAUGCUGUGACAGGGAACAUGACCAUCUCAAACGCUUUCGCCGAGCAUGUAUGGCAUCUCGAGAACUGGAGAUUCAGCGCCGGCUUUGCAGCAGUGUUCCCCGAGCUCCGCCGUCGCUACCGCAUCUUGCCUGGUUUCUCCGUACCUGUGAGUAAUGUGAAUGUGCAGGAGCUACUGGACAAACGGGAUAGGAUAAUCCGUGGUAUCAAAGAGGAGGACAUUUGA